GUGUCGAAGUGUUGCUAGCAACGGACGCAGGAUUGCACAACAUAAAUACCGGGUCUCGAUCCCUCUCACACGCGAUCUACUGAAUGCGCACAUCGAUCGCCCGUCUCGCAAGAAUGGUAGUAAAACAUCACGUCACGGGAUACGAGGAGUUCACGAAGCUGGCCGAAAGCCUGGAAAGCAGCGGUGAACCAGUUCACGUCCUGUUCACCGGUAACAAGGACGCAAACGGUGAAAGCUGGUGUCCGUACUGCGUGCAGGCUGCACCAGUCGUCGCUAAAGCCCUGGAGACGGCCCCGGAAAAGAGCCACUUCAUCACGGUGGAAAUCGAACGCCCAUUCUGGAAGGAUCAGAAUUGUCCAUAUCGCAAAGAUCCACGAACGCACUUGGUGUUCCUUCCCACCCUUCUGCGCUGGCGAUCACCGCAACGGCUAGAUGGUUCCCAGUGCGCCAGUGCUGAUCUGGUGGAGAUGCUACUUACAGACGAAGACUAAAUGGAAUCCCAGCUGCUCCCUCGUGCCCGUUCGGAAAGAUCAUGCAAUGUAACGUGCCACCCUUAAGGGAAUCGAGCGUUUUCACCGAAAGUUUAUAUGUAUGUCUUUUUCCGCUUUAUGCAAAUAAAUAAGCACAUGA